CGUUGGAAAUGGCAGACCUGGGACUCCAGAGGACAUCCCAGUUCAAGCCCUGGUGCGGAUUCAUCUCUAAGAGGCCGUCUUGGACCCGGAGGCUGCAGAGAUCCUGAGAAGAGGGGCUCUUUUGUCAUCUGUCCACUUCUGGCCUCCACACCGAGCUGGAGCCCCCUACUCUUCCUGUUUAGGGCUGUGGUCAGCCUUUUCCAAAGGCCAGAUGCCCAUCCCCAGCAGGCAGGCUUGUUUGCCCAUGACCUCUCCGGGGAGAAGACCUGGUUCCGGAUAAUCUGACCUUCCCUUCCUUCCCCCAGGAUGGACGCAGGUUGUUUACUAGAUCGGGCUGGGUGGUCAAGCAGCCAUGCCCACCUGGGGGGCGGGCUCCCCGUCCCCUGACCGCUUUGCCGUGUCUGCGGAGGCUGAGGACAAGGUGCGUGAGCGGCAACCCUACGUGGAGCGCAUCUUCAGCGUGGGGAUGAGUGUCCUCCCAAAGGACUGUCCUGAAAACCCUCACAUCUGGCUGCAGCUGGAGGGCCCCAAGGAGAACGCCAGCAGAGCCAAGGAGUACCUGAAGGGUCUCUGCAGCCCAGAGUUGCAGAAUGAAAUCCGCUACCCACCCAAACUGCACUGCAUCUUCCUGGGAGCCCAGGGCUUCUUCCUCGAUUGUCUGGUCUGGAGCACAUCAGCCCACCUGGUGCCUGGGCCGCCCGGCUCACUGAUGGUCAGUGGCCUGACUGAGGCCUUCGUCAUGGCUCAGAGCAGAGUGGAGGAGCUGGUGGAGCGGCUGAGCUGGGACUUUCAGCCAGGGCGAUCCCCUGGAGUCUCUCAGUGUGCCGGAGUGCUGAGAGACUUCUCUGCCCUGCUGCAGCCCUAUGGGGAUGCCCACAGAGAGGCCUUGCUACAGCUGCCCCUGGCUGUCCAGGAGGAACUGCUGAGCCUGGUACAGGAGGCAUCCAGGGGGCAGGGGCCCCAUGCACUCCCCCCCUGGGAUGGGGGGAGGCCGGGCCCACUGGGUGCUCAGUACCAGGGAGUCAGAGCUGGUGUAGGUGUAGGUGGGGAGUCCCUGCACACUGGACCUACGGGGUGGCAAGAGUCAAGGGGGGAGAGACAUGUUAUGGAGAAGGAGGGAGGGAAGCAGGGUGGUCCCAGGGAGGUGGAUUUGGGGUGGAAGGAGCUGCCUGGGCAAGAGGCCUGGGAGAAAGAAGGGGCCUUCAGAUCACAAUCAGGAGGAGGUGAUGCGGGGCAGGUAGGGCCCCUGACAGGAAAGGGCCUGGGGAAGGAGGGGGUGCCUCAGGACAGGGGAAGGUUCUGUGUCCAGGGUGAGCCUCCCGGUGCCCAGGGUCCCUAUCAGAGGGCAGCUCAGCCCCGGGGAGCCUCCCUCCUCCAGCGGCUACACAAUGGGAAGGCCUCACCUCCACGGGUGCCUAGCCCUCCCCCUGCACCCGAACCCCCGUGGCACUGUGGAGACCGAGGAGACAGGGGAGACAAGCAGCAGGUCGUCGCCCGAGGUCGUGGGUCUCCGUGGAAACGAGGUACCCGCGGGGGCAACUUGGUGACUGGCACGCAGCGUUUCCAGGAGGCCCUGCAGGACCCUUUCACCCUGUGCCUUGCCAAUGUGCCUGGCCAGCCAGACCUCCGUCACAUUGUCAUUGAUGGCAGCAAUGUGGCCAUGGUGCAUGGCCUCCAACACUACUUCUCCAGCCGGGGCAUUGCCAUUGCCGUGCAGUACUUCUGGGACCGGGGCCACCGUGACAUCACUGUCUUUGUGCCUCAGUGGCGCUUCAGUAAGGAUGCCAAGGUCAGAGAGGGCCACUUCCUGCAAAAGCUGUACUCCCUCAGCCUGCUCUCCCUCACUCCCUCCCGAGUCAUGGAUGGCAAGAGGAUCUCCUCCUACGAUGAUAGGUUCAUGGUGAAGCUGGCGGAAGAGACCGACGGGGUCAUUGUCUCCAAUGACCAGUUCCGGGACCUGGCGGAGGAGUCUGAGAAGUGGAUGGCGAUCAUCAGGGAGCGCCUACUGCCUUUCACCUUUGUGGGAAACCUCUUCAUGGUCCCUGAUGAUCCACUGGGGCGAAACGGCCCCACGCUGGAGGAGUUCCUGAAGAAGCCAGUCAGGGCUCAGGGGUCUUCUAAGGCUCAGCAUCCUUCCAGGGGCUUCACAGAACAGGGUCAGCAGCAGCAGGGGAGAGAAGAGGAGGAAAAAGGCGGUGGUGGCAUUCGGAAGACCCGGGAGACAGAGCGGCUCCGGCGCCAGCUGCUGGAGGUGUUUUGGGGCCAGGAUCACAAGGUGGACUUCAUCCUGCAGCGGGAGCCAUACUGCCGGGACAUCAACCAGCUCUCGGAGGCCCUGCUAAGUCUCAACUUUUGAGUCUCACCUGUCUGAGUGGCUGCUACCCCCCAUCAGCUCCGGCCUCGACCAGCUCAGUGUUUUCUGUGAGGGUUCUUGUGCUGCUCAGAUCCCGACCUAGACUCACUUUGAGUUGGUGCGAAUUGAUCUGAUCUGGAAUCAGGACCUCAAAUAGCUCUCAGGAGGUUCUGCUCAGCCUUAACUUCUCAACCUUGCCGUAGCACAGGGUUUCUGUAGGGAGUGGGGGCUGCUGGGAAGAGGUCCUGGAGAUUGGGGCUGCCAGCUCCUCCUUCAAACUGAGUUGGGGAUGGAGGCUGGAGGGUGGGGAACGAAGAGCAGGUGGCAAGGAAGCUAAGCCUUUCCUCCCCCUGGCUUUGGCUCUGGAAGGUCAGGGGAUAGGUUGCUUCCCAAGCCUGGGUGCAUCAGGGGGGAUGCCUGGGCCCUGGGGAGGCUAGUGUUAUGGCGUAUGGGUCACAAUGGGGCAGCAGGGAGCUGGUGAAGGCAGAGAGAGACUUAGCUUCUGGUCUCAGCUAUGCCUGUCUGUGAUCUUGACUGAGCUGCUUGGCCUUUACUUCUGUGUACAAAUCAGGAGCAAAAUGCCAGCCAGGAAGAGGAAUGAGAACGUGAGAGAAAGCUCCUUGGAGGAAAGGUACUUGCAUCAAGUCUCAGGUGUGUCUGUCUGUGGCUGCACAGGCUUCCUAAACAAAACCUCACUUUCAGAGAGCUGAGGAUCCUUUGUCCCCCAGGGCCCCUGCCCUAGAUUUUAUCACUGCAUCCUCAGCAUAAUGUGCCCUGUAAUGGCUGCGUCCCUUUUGGGCAACCCCCCCAAAUCCACAUUUAUAAAACAGAUAAUUAGGGGUGGCUGUUUGCAUUACCAAGAUACUCAGGGUUCCUAUACACGGCAGCUCUCCUGUUGCAUUCAGGUGUUUGUUUACAGAUUAACAAAUGUGUCAGAAAGUCCCCGUUGAGACACACUUGCUGACGUGUGAGCAUUCGCCAAACUGAUGAAGCCAUGCUCUGCAGUGACAAUGUUAGUGUGAUCUGACCCCAGCAUUUUCUCUACAGAACACAUGUAUUGCAUAAAGUGAGGCCCACUUCUGCUCGGUGUGCAUGUGUGUGGGGAGGGAAGGGUUAAUAGAGGUGGUAUUGAGAUGAACCAAUUAUUUGGAAAACGAAAACCAAAGGGUCCAAGUCGGAAGGUAGCUGACUGGCCACCGGAUCAACCACUGUCAUCCUGAUUCCUACAUCCUGUCCUUUAUUUGCUUCAAGUCCUCCUGUGCCAGAACAUUGACUGCUCCAAGGCUGCACAUUUCAUCUGUGGACAGUACUGGUCGCAGCCCCCAAAUAUGCUUCUCUGUUACUUCUACCUUUGGGCGGUCAUGCUCUCAGGAACAAUUCUGAGCCUGUCAACUUCCUAAAGAGUCCGAGACCAGAUAAAAUAGGACAAGUGUCCCUGGAUUCUGUGCUGUCUGGGGUCUGCAGCAAGUCCCUGGACAUGGUUCUUUUCGGGCUGUGACUUCUCCCUGAGUGGCACAGCGAGUUGAGUACUGCCAUCUCCGUUCUUCACUCCAGCAAUUAGUGUUGGAGCUGGAUGAUGUUGGAGAGUGUCUUUAUCCUUCCUGCCACUGGGGCUUUAUAGUACUGGCCUGUAUGGACCUGAGCUAGGGGCAGGUGUGUGGCAAAGAGGCUAGUUGUGGGGUAACAAUGGCCCAAAGACAACUAGUCCUCUGGGAAGAAAGGAGAUUGGGUAAUAUGGCCCAAACUGGGGGCUGGGGGAACUACUUCUGGUCAAGGUGUGGCAGACAAUCAGGACAGUAGGCCAGAAUCCCAUCUGUCCUUUUGUGCUAGGGACUCAGGCUGCUUGAAGUGGCCCUGAUCAGAUGAGAGGCAAGUCCCCAGCUUCUUAGAGACAGGGCAUUGGCUCUGUCCUACUGCAGCUAGAACUAGGGCCAGCAUGACUGCUCUGUUAAUUCACUGGCAGCUUCAGUGACAGACUGAAUGCUGUUCUAGAUGGGGGCCUUGUCUCUCCCUCUGCUGGCACGCUUAUGGUACUAUGUGAACAAGUACGAAGGGUGAUCACAGAACCCACUGGAAAUGGAUUAUCAUUGCUCUCACUUUCCAGUCUCUACCUUUAUAAUAACCUCACACCCCAAAUUUGUUACCAGCUCUUGGCAAUGGAGGGACCAAGAAGAGAGAUGUUGGCCAGUAUAAUUUUCAAAACCCCACGUAGGGGAAAGAAUCAUCUGGCGUUUCCUUGGAAAUAAAUUCUAGGAGAAU